GGGAUGCUGGGAAUGAUUCUCCAUUAGCCUGGCGCUCUGAAGUUGUGAAGCCCUCUGAGCAUUCUGCAGAUGUGUCUGCAGGGACGACUUCACCAACUCCUACCUUGGAUGCUGCACAAAAGCCCAGCUCCCAUCACAGGGGAGAGACCAAAGACAUGGCAGGCAAGAAAUUCCAGGACCCAUUAGAAAUCAUGUGGCAAAUGCUGAAGGAACGUCUGCAGAGAGGACAAGAAAUGAAAGGAGAGCCUGUGCAGAAGGAAGCAUUUCCCGGAGGAAGCAGGGGUUCCGUGCCAGCCUCGGCUGCAGGAAAGGGGGCCAUGCCAGGCACAGGCACAGGAGAUGAGGUUGCUGGGAAGGCUUCUCCAUCAGCUUGGAUGAAUAAAGUUUUGAAGCCCUUGGAGCCUCCUGCAGAUGUGUCUACAGGGAGGACUUCUCCAGCUUCUCCAGCUGCUCCAGCUCCUACCUUGGAUGCUAUACGCAAGCCCAGCUCCCAUGACAGUGGUACUCCAACAGGGAAAGUCCAAGAUACAACAGAUAAGAUGUCCCUGCAGCCAUCCAAACAGAUGAGGCAAGAGCUGAAGGCACCCCUGCAGACAAGAGAAGAGAUGGACAUAGUGCUUCAGUGGAAGGUGGCAUUUCCUGAAGGAAGCACUCCAUCUUCGGUGCCAGCCCCUGCUGCAGGAAAGAAGGCAAAGCCAGACACGGGCACAGGCACAGCAGACUGGGAGGCUGGGAAGGAUUCUCCAUUAGCCUGGCGCUCUGAAGUUGUGAAGCCCUCUGAGCAUUCUGCAGGCAGAUCAGAUGUUGGGGCUCUUUGA